UUUGUCUUUUUACUAUAAAUAUCCUCAACUUUACAACCCAGACUCAUCACCUUCCACCACCACUCCGCCCUCCUCUUCCUCCCUUACCGGUCAACCAUGAGAGUUCCGGCCGGUGGCGGCGGCCCUUUCAGGGCUCGUCUAUGGCCUAUAGUCAUUGCAUUGACAGUACUUGGUGUUUCUAAUCUUAUAGCUGCUUCGGCUGAUGAUCAUCCUUACAUAUAUUCUUCACCACCUCCCCCGUAUGAGUACAAGUCUCCACCACCACCUUCACCCUCUCCUCCACCACCGUAUGUGUACAAGUCACCACCACCACCAUCACCAUCUCCCCCACCGCCAUAUGUGUACAAGUCACCACCUCCACCUUCUCCUUCACCUCCACCACCUUAUGUGUACAAGUCUCCACCACCUCCUUCACCUUCUCCACCACCACCUUAUGUGUAUAAGUCUCCACCACCACCAUCACCAUCUCCUCCACCACCUUAUGAGUACAAGUCUCCACCACCACCAUCGCCGUCUCCUCCACCACCUUAUGAGUACAAGUCUCCACCACCACCAUCGCCGUCUCCUCCACCACCUUAUGAGUACAAGUCUCCACCACCACCAUCACCGUCUCCUCCACUACCUUAUGUGUACAAGUCUCCACCACCACCAUCCCCCGUACCUCAUCCUCCUUAUGUCUACAAGUCUCCACCACCACCAUCACCGUCUCCUCCACCACCUUAUGUGUAUAAGUCUCCACCUCCUCCUUAUGUCUACAAGUCCCCACCACCACCAUCUCCCUCACCUCCACCCCCAUACGUGUACAAAUCUCCACCUCCACCAUCACCAUCCCCGCCACCACCUUAUGUGUAUAAGUCUCCUCCUCCACCAGUACAUUCUCCUCCCCCACCGUACUACUAUAAGUCUCCUCCUCCACCGGUACAUUCUCCACCACCACCAUACUACUACAAGUCUCCUCCUCCACCGGUGCAUUCACCACCACCACCAUACUACUACAAGUCUCCUCCUCCACCGAUGCAUUCACCACCACCACCAUACUACUACAAAUCUCCUCCUCCACCAGUGCAUUCACCACCACCAUAUUACUACAAAUCUCCUCCUCCACCGGUGCAUUCACCACCACCAUACUACUACAAAUCCCCACCACCACCAGCCAAAUCCCCUCCUCAUUACUACUACACUUCUCCACCGCCACCAACUCCCUACCACCCCUACCCCCAUCCAAGCCCUCGCCACCACGAAGUAAUCGUAAAGGUGAUCGGUAAAGUCUACUGCUACAGCUGCUACGACUGGAAAUACCCAAUCAAAUCUCACGCGAAGCACCAUCUCAAAGGUGCUGUCGUGGAGGUAACAUGCAAGGCUGCUGGUGAGAAGAAAAUUGUUGCAUACGGAAAGACGAAGAUCAAUGGGAAAUUUGCAAUCACUGUUGAGGGUUUGGAUUAUUCCAAAUAUGGAGGAGCCGAGGCUUGUAUUGCCAAGCUUCAUAUGCCACCAAAUGGUACCACUUGUAACAUCCCAACAAAUCUCCAUGGAGGUUUGAAGGGUGCUAAGCUUAAGGUCAAGUCCAAGAAUGCUCACCUAGUUGUCCUUUACGCUAAACCAUUUGCUUACGGUCCCAAGACUCCUUACAAGAUUUGUGAGAAGCCAAAGCCAAAGCCAAAGCCAACACCAACUCCAACUCCUUACUACUACAAGUCUCCACCACCACCCUCGCCCACUUACCUUUACAAGUCUCCACCGCCACCAACACCCACUUACCACUACAAGUCUCCACCACCACCAACCCCUUCACAUCCGACACCGUAUAUCUACAAAUCACCUCCACCACCGACAAAAUCGCCUCCUAGCACUCCAUACCACUACACACCACCACCACCACCAAAGGAGUCGCCUCCUUACUACUACACAUCACCUCCACCACCCAAGAAGUCACCUCCUCCUCCUUACCACUACACAUCACCUCCACCACCCAAGAAGUCACCUCCUCCUCCUUAUCACUACACAUCACCUCCACCACCCAAGAAGUCGCCUCCUCCACCAUAUUACUAUACCUCACCCCCACCACCAAAGAAGUCGCCUCCUCCCCCUUACUACUAUACCUCACCUCCACCACCAAAGAAGUCCCCUCCCCCACCAUACCACUAUACAUCACCACCACCGCCGAAGAAGUCUCCUCCCCCACCAUAUCACUACACCUCACCACCACCACCUAAGAAGUCGCCUCCUCCACCUUACUACUAUACCUCACCUCCCCCACCAAAGAAGUCCCCUCCUCCACCUUACUACUAUACCUCACCUCCCCCACCAAAGAAGUCCCCUCCCCCACCAUACCACUAUACAUCACCUCCACCACCUAAGAAGUCUCCUCAUCCACCAUACCACUACACUUCACCACCGCCACCUAAAAAGUCGCCUCCUCCUCCUUACCACUACACAUCACCACCACCACCCACAGAAUCUCCUCCUCCACCAUACCACUACACCUCACCACCACCACCUAAGAAGUCACCUCCCCCACCAUACCACUACACGUCACCACCACCACCUAAGAAGUCGCCUCACCCACCAUACCACUACACAUCACCACCACCACCUACUGAAUCUCCUCCUCCACCAUACCAUUACACCUCACCACCACCACCUAAGAAGUCACCACCCCCACCAUACCACUACACCUCACCACCACCACCUGUGAAGUCACCUCCCCCACCGUACCACUACACAUCCCCUCCACCACCUACAGAAUCUCCUCCUCCACCAUACCACUACACCUCACCACCACCACCUAAGAAGUCGCCUCCUCCACCAUACCACUACUCAUCACCACCUCCACCUACGGAAUCUCCUCCUCCACCAUACCAUUACUCCUCACCUCCACCACCUAAGAAGUCACCUCCUCCACCAUACCACUAUACAUCACCGCCGCCACCUAUAGAAUCUCCUCCUCCACCAUACCAUUACUCCUCACCACCUCCACCUAAAAAGUCACCUCCUCCACCAUACCACUACACAUCACCCCCACCGCCUGUGAAGUCACCUCCUCCUCCAUACCACUACACAUCUCCUCCACCACCCACAGAAUCUCCUCCUCCACCAUACCACUACUCCUCACCCCCACCUCCUAAAAAGUCGCCUCCUCCUCCUUACCAUUACACAUCGCCACCGCCACCUACAGAAUCUCCUCCUCCACCAUACCAUUACUCCUCACCCCCACCACCUAAGAAGUCACCUCCACCACCA